CAUGUUUUGUUUUGUGCAUACAAUUUAUUCAAAAAGUAAAUUAAGGUGAAAGUCUAAUAAUAUUUAUUGAAAAAAAGUUAUUAAUUAGUAUAUUAUCGUCACCAUUGUUGUAUUAUGAAAAGAUAUAAACCCUUUCAUUUUGUUUAAUCGAUGUGCUAAAAAAAGAAAGAUGAAAUUGAAAGUGGAAAUUUUCAGUUUUGACUGUUGUGCUACAGAUACAACUAAACAAUGAAAGUCGAUAGAACAGUCUUUCGUAACAGAUACUUUAAGGUAUUAAAGAAAUGGCAGAAUUUGACAGACAGCAUCUCGUCAGUUUAAAAUUUAAACAAAUCAAAGUGCAGGUGAUAACUGGGCUGUUUUUCAAUGAACAGACAGAUGUUAUAGUCAACAGUACAUCACAGAAGCUUCACCUUAAUGAUGGACUGGGUUCCAAGGCUUUAUUUAAAGCAGCAGGUGACCAGAUUCAAUCAGAAAUAUCAGCCAAAUAUCCUGAUGGUGUCACCUGUGGGGAGCUGGCUAUAUCAGGGGGACAUAAUUUAUACUGUGCCUUAGUUUUCCAUUGUUUUCUCAAGAGAUGGACAGAAAGUGACAAGGACAAUGCUGAAAAGGUUUUGAAACAGAUAGUGACAUCGUCAUUGAAAGAAGCUCAUGAAAAACUUGAUGUGCAGUCUAUCACAUUUCCAGCUUUGGGUCGUGGAUUUAGCAACUUUAAAGCAAACAAUGUUGCAAAGUUAAUGUUCCAAUGUGUUGCUGACUUUGAAGAAAGUCUUGGUACCGAGCCAACAGUUAAAGAUGUACGAUUUGUAAUAUAUCCAGGGGAUGAAGAGGCUGUUGAAGCAUUUAUAGAAGAAGCAAAACAAAGAAGUCAGAAUGUUGUCACAACAAUGGAAUAUUCCACAGAUAUAGGAAAUGUUAGGUUCACGCUAGUUCGAGGAUCAUUAACAAAACAAGUCUGUGAUGUUGUAGUAAAUGAAACUCUAGAAAACCUGGACAUGAGUAAAUCACCCAUGUCUAAAGAACUGUGUGCAGCGGCAGGGCCUGGUCUGCAUCUAUCAUUGAAGCAGAACGUUGGAGAUAAAAUAGAAUACGGACAUAUUGCUGUGACUGGGAAUGCAGAUCUGACCAAUUGUAAAGCUGUCUACCACGGAGCACUACCUUUAUAUAAAGAAUCAUCCAAGAUUGAAUGCAGACAGGCAAUCAACAUAUUUUUGAUGCAGUGUUUUAUGGAAGCUACUGAUUCGGGAUUUCAUUCAAUAUCUCUACCACCUCUUGGAACUGAUCUGAAGGGCUAUUCGGCAGAAUUAUCAGCUGAGGCUAUCCAGGGGUCAAUUAUAGAGUACCUGAGUGGAAACUGUGAUGAUACCUCUCUACAAAAUAUAUAUUUGGUGGUGCACCCUUCAGCAGGAAACAUAUUUAAGGCAUUCAAAGAUAAAAUGUUUCGCUAUGCAAAAGGCAAGGAGAAGCUUGACAAGACGUUGAUUGCAAAAACUCCAAAAAAGGGAGAAACACCUGCCAGUGUAGAAAAUAUGCCAUUAAGCUUAGUCCAAAUGUCUCGUAAGCCUGCUAGAGGAACAAAACAGUGGUUUAUACAAAUGUACCAGAAUGACCUAAUGACCCCUCCAUAUUGGACUUAUUUUCCUGGAGGUCAAAGGUUAAGAAAGUUGAAAGUUGACCCAACAUUUGCUUCAAAAUGUGCUUUCAAACUAGUAGAUGUUGAACAAAAAACUUUGCAAGCUAUUAGAUCUUUAAUGCAAAAGACUUGGAAUGAGGAUUCCUUUAAACAUGGACGUGAUGCUGCUGGCUUAGUGGAUCUUAAAUACAAUCAAAUCAAAGUCACAGAUGUAAAAAGGUUGGAGAAUCUCAAUUUAUUCGAAAAAUAUGCCAGUUUCCGUCAACACAUGUUUGGAAAAGUUCUCAACCAGUCGAGUACCUUUCGAUCACCGGAAGAAUUAUCAAAGUCAAAAGGUCAGUUGUUAACCACACAUCACAUAGAUCCUUGUUUGACAAAGGAUAUUUACAGAGAAAUAAAUGAACAUUAUGUUUUCCAUGGGACAAAGCCGGAGAAUAUAGAAAUAAUCUUAGCCACAGGCCUAGACAGUCGGAUGGCAGGAGCUAAUGCUAUGUUUGGUCAGGGAGUGUAUGGAGCAGAAAGCUCCACGAAAUCAGAUCAGUAUGCAGAUGAUAGAACUAACAGGGACAUGUCACCCAAAAGCAUGUUCCUGACGCGAAUGUGCAUGGGUGAGAUAUGCAUUGUUGAUAAACCAAUACGCAUGCAGAGGCCUCCCUGCAAAUCUUGUUUGUUACUCAGAUGUAAAAAAGAAUGCCGAAACACUAACUUGUUUGAUUCUGUGUUGGUCGAUGGACCAUGGAUAUUCAGAGAAAUGGUUGUGUAUGAUCAUGCUCAAUGUUACCCAGAAUUCCUUAUAAAAUACCAACGUGUUAAAUAGACUGUUCCUGCUUGAAACAAUGAUACAGAAGGAGAUAAAAUAAUAGAAAUGUGCCAUAAUGUCCAUUUGUUUGGCAUAAUGGCUAUAUUUGACAUAAUGCUUAUAUAUUUGCCAAAAUGUGUGUAUAUCUGUCUUUCUAUGGAAACACAUCUUGUCAACACCAUUUAAAUGUUUAAACUAUAAAAGUACAAGAGCAUAAUCAAAACGUGUGUAUAUAAAUCAAAGCAUCAUCAAAACUUGUGUACAUAAAUUAAAGCAUCAUUAAUACUUGUGUAUAAAAUCAAAAUAACAUGAUAAUGACCCCAGCAAGUUUAAAGAAUUGUUGGGUAAAGCAGAGGCGAAUUAAGGGGGGAGGGGGGCAGGGUGCCCUGGCCCCCCCCCCCUUUUUGUCGGAAAAAUUUGGUUGAUUAUUUAGGGAAUCACUAAAGCAUGACUAAGCGGGCCCCCUCUUAUGGCAGUCAGUGGGUCCCCUUAAGAAAAAUUCUGGAUCCGCCACUGUUAAGAUCAAGUUGACAUAUAAGAGUUUAGAACCUUGUCAGACCAAACAUUUUAGUAAUAUAUACUAAACAGGAUUUUCAAAGUUCUAUCAAAGUUAUGAUACAAUUAUAUCUAUAAAUGGACAAUCUUUUAUAAACAUGAUUUACAUUUAAAUCUCAAUUAGGAGAGGUAAAACUUUUUUGAACUUCAAGGUUAUAGAUUUCUGGUCAAAUUGAGGUCAGGGGUCAAGUCAAAAACCAUGUCUAUAUAAAGCAAGCUUAACAGCUUUGUUGAUCGUCAAGAAAUAAUAUACUUUAUCAAAGUCAAUCUGAAGUGAGAGAUUCCGAUAGAAAGCUUUCAACCUCUAACAGUGAUAAAAUAAAAUGGGUACUUAAAAGAAAAUCUAUAGAAUAAGUUCUAUCCAUAAGGAAUUGGAAUAUAAAGACAUUUCACAACAGUAAAGUUCUGUCUCAGGCAAUUCUUACACUUUCUCAUUUGAUACACCAGUUUUGUGUAUAUGUACAUAUGAGUGUCUGGAUGGGGUUUACAGAGAAGAGAAUAAUGGGUGAAAAGAAUAGCGAAAAAUGGUCAAAAAAUAUAAAGAAUAGAGAAAAAUGAUCUAAAAAAUUCAAGAAUUCAGAAAUGAAGGACCCCUGUCCAGACCCUUAUAUGAGAUCAAUGUGGUAUUUCUAUCCUUGAAAUUUUUACUCAAGACAUAGGAAUGAAUUAUACAAUUUCUUCUCAUUUUGUGCCAAGUUUAAUUUUCAUUUUAACUUGAUAUUACAUAUUGAGUCUGUGAUAUGCUCUUAAAAGACUCUACAUCAACUGUCAAGAUGAAGAACAGGAAAAAAAGCCCUGUUCAUUGAUAAUUUUUUUAUUUUUUUUAUGUAUUGUGUCCGAUUUUGUCCCAUGUACAUUUACUCCAUAUCCUUUCAUUUUCUUAAAUGUUCUAGCUUGGUUUAACUGUAUGCUUGUAAAUCUUUUGGCUUGGUUUUACUGUAAACUACUGUGGAUUCAUUAUUAUUCGUGGAAUAUCAAAUUUCAUUGAUUUAGUGGGUAAAGAUAACAACAAAUUUAUACAUUUUCUAUUGGCUUGUAUGCAGACUUUGGCAUUUAACCAAGAAAACAAAUUAUCCAAGAUAAUAUAUUUUUAGGAACUUACUUUAAAUAAAUCAAAUAUAAGUGGUAAUAACUGUCCUUUCCGAUAUUAAGAUAUUUCAGUUUUUCACGGGAAACGCUACACUAAAAUUUACGACAACAUAAAUCAGGCAAUUAAUUUUCUCGUUUGUCAUUUCAGGGCCUUGUAUAGCUGACUAUGCAGUAUGGGUUUUACUCAUUGUUGAAGGCCGUAUGGUGACCUAUAGUUGUUAAUUUCUGUGUCAUUUGGUCUCUUGUGGAGAGUUGUCUCAUUGGCAAUCAUAUCACACCUUAUUAUUAUAUUUUAUCAAUCCACGAAUAUAAAUUAAUCCACAGAAACUAAUUUUCAUGAGCAAUUUAUUUAUGUGACUUCUGUGAGUAAAAAAAAUUUAUGAGUAUAAAUCAUAUUGAUUAUAUUUAAGUUGGACCUCUUUCAUGAAUGUUCAAGAGAUUUAUUAAUUUGUGAUGUUUUACACAUGGAUGUUUGCAUAUCGUUCUAGUUGAUCAACUUUUUAAUGAAUUAUACUCCUUGGACUAGCUAAAAUAUCAUAAAAAUUGUACUUGUCCCAAUGGUUUUUGUUUGUGUCUCCUGCAAAUCUUGGGUUGAUUUUUGGUACAUUAAUGUAUAACUGCUUUUGUGUAGACCUUUGCAAAACCAUAAUAUCAUUACAUAUAAUUAUCCAUGAAACUUUGGGUUUUACGAAAAUAAAAGAAUCUUCAUUAGUUAGGGAACGACCAUUUAACUUCAAGGGGGGGGGGAUAUAGUUUUUUCCAAAAAAAAUAUUCUGAUCCCUAAUUUGAUGAAAAAAAAUAUUGUGGUCAAGCAGAUGACAGAAAAAAAUAUUCUGAAUCCAGAUUUUCCCCAUACCUUAUAGUGUUAAAUUUUGAAGAAAAAUUAUUUGAUUGAUAGCGUUGAAAAACUAAAAAAAAAUGUUUGUGUUUGCGGGAAAAAUUUUCUGACUCAGACAAAAAACCAUAACCCCCACUUGAAGUUAAGUAGUUGCUCCCUGUGGAAGGGUCUAUUGUUAAAGAGUUAAUGCUAUACUCUAGGUGCAGACCUGCCAACUUUCCUGAUUCAUUGGGGAUUUCCCCCAUGAAAGGUGUUGACUAGAAUUUUGAAAUUCUUUAUUAUAUAAACUGAACACCUCAAAACAGGUUUUCAAAUGAGAUAAAAGGGUAUUAAAGCACAUCUAUACUCUUUCAAACAAUAUAGAAGUAGAUUAAAAUCACUUAUGACAAUAUAAGAGGAGCAUAAGGUCCUCUUGCACUUAAAAUAUCCCGAGGAGAUUUUGAAAAGUUGGCUGGUAUGUAGAUGUCCUUUGGUUAAAUAUGUUGUUGGGUUUUGAUCUCAUAUAUAUAUAUCUCUUUAAUUUAAUAUGUAACUGGUACUAUUAUACAAACAAAGAGUGUACUCACUAAAAUGUCUUGCCUGCUUCACUGAAUUUAUUUUGAAAGUCUUAAGGAUAAAGGUGUAAUCAAAACUUUUACUUCAAGUAUCACAUACACUUUACAUUAUCAAUGAUCCAUGACUUUCAUUGUAGACGAGGCAAAACAGACAUUUGAUAUGAUAGUGUUACAUGUGUUUGUACAAGCAUAUUAAAAAUUAAAAAGAUCUGUAUUUUUGUAUGUCUUAUUAUACAAUAUUAUUUUGAAGUAUAUAAUAUUUUAUUUAAUAUUUUUACAAAUAAAAAAUGUCUCAUU